GGCAAAAAUGGCUCUAGACGUGGGUGAUCGAACAGAAGACAUCAAGAAUAAUAAUCGCAAAGCAAGCACUGAAGUUCAUCCUGCUGUUGCUACUAAGAAGUGCUUUUACUGUGGAAGAGAAGAUAAAAAGCCGGAACCACCAAAGAAAAAGACCAACAAUGGAUUCUACCUAGGAAUUAUCAUCGGUCACAAUAUCGACUUGACUAUGAGCAGUAGUGAGAGAUUUCAAUUCAAAAAGGACUAUGAAAAAUUCAAGCUUCGUUUUACUCUCCUCAAUCUAUUCCCACUGGCCAUCGCUUUUAUGUUUCCUUCACGGCCCAUGGAUGCAAUUUGCCAUUUUCUCAUGGUCUGGUACUACUGCACGUUGACUAUCCGAGAAAGCAUCCUCAUUAUAAACGGUUCAAAGCUCGGGGCUUGGUGGGUGGCUCAUCACUACCUGGCCUGUGUUAUCGGUGGAGUCGCUCUUACCUGGCCUGAUGAUGCCGCUUAUCAGGCAUUCCACACACAAUUCGUCCUUUUUGCUGGCUAUAUUUGCAUUUUACAACAACUACAGUACCAAUACCAGAGUGGUUGUCUCCGCCGCUUACAUUCCUUGGGACAUGGCGAUUGUAUGGACGUUACUCUGGAAGGCUUUGCCACCUGGAUGUUCCAAGGACUUACAUUCUUGCUUCCAUUCCUUUGCGUUGUCUACAUAUUAGAAUUAUACAACUCCUACACCUUGUACAGCUUUUGGAAAAGUCACGAGACGGUAUGGCAGGUCCCAACCCUUUCACUGCUUUUCUUCAUUGUCGGAAUCGGCAACAUCAUCAAGGUUGUGUUCAUUGUUUUGAAGAAGAUCUCCGAGAGCAAAACGUCCCGAGUAGCAAGAGUGCUGCGAAGGUACCCUUCAUUGGCACAUCUGGACUGAAUCAUUUCCUGAUUGUCCGUCUGUCAUGUCUUCAUUUGCUGACAUCUAGAGUCUAGAGUGCUGAUUCUGCACUAACGUACUUGUUUGGUCAUUGAUCCAUUCUUUAGUGGUGUGUGCAUGUCCUAUUCUAGAAAAGUCUUCUUAUCAAACACCUCAUAGUUGCGCGGG